AUGAAAGAACACAUCGUAUAUCAGAGGCUUUAUGGAUUGCUUCUCAUGUCAAGUUUUAUCUUUCUUUCAGAUCCACUUUCCCUAAAAGGGAAGAGGCUGGAUUUUUAUGGAAGAAGUGACAGGUAUGUAAGCCUGACCAACAGCAUUCCUGAGCUCAGCCGAUUCACAGCAUGCAUCGAUUUAGUCUCCAUGGCAGACCGCUCCACGUAUUGGAUGGCCUUCUCCUAUAUUGCUAAGAACACCCUCCUGGGCAGAGAAGACAUACAUCUCGGACUUGCAGGGAACCAGAAGCAGCUAAUUCUAUACAGCUUGGGCAAGGCCUUUUAUAUCAGUCACCACCUGACUCCAUUUCACUGGCAUACAAUAUGCUUGAUAUGGGAUGGUGUGAAGGGCAAAUUAGAACUCUUUGUGGAUAAAGAAAGAAUAUUGAUAAUCAUGGAUCAGCCUCACAGCCUGACAGCUAAUGGGACGCUGGUUUUAGGACACCUUCCUAAGAAUGGAAAGGGCCAGGUUAAAAGUGUGGCACCUCACUUUACUGGCAGCUUGUACUACUUUCAACUCUGGGAUCGUAUCCUGGAACAUGAGGAGUUUACAAGGUGUUUAGAUGGAAAUAUAGUUAGUUGGGAAGAAGAUAUUUGGCUCGUCCACAAGAUCAUCCCAACAUUUGACAGGAGACUGCGCUGCUUUGUUUCUGAAAAUAUGACAGUUCAAGAAACAAGUACAACUCUUUCACAGCAAAUACAUUUGACAACUCCUUCCCAAAUUACUGCACUAAGCCCACAAAAGACUAUAUAUUCCUCUACAAUAAUGUCUAAAAGCAUGCCUAUAUUUAUAACUAAUCAUACAAAUAUAUCACAUUCCAAUACAACAUCUCCACCUCUGGUCACAAUGACUCUAUCAAAAAGUUUGAAGACAUCUAUAGCUGACACAGCUACAUUUACAAAUGUUUUAUCUAAUUCCACAAUGAUCACUCUGCCUUCUCAGAGUACACUCAACUGUACUACCACUGAUUCCAUGAAAAUAACAGAACACUCAUCUUCAGAAAGCACAAGGACAACAAAGAUGGUAGAAGCCGUGGCUCCUGAGACAUUUCAACCAACUAGAGCUACACAUCUCUUUUCUAUACCAGGAGUUACCAUUAAUCCAUUUUUAUCUAAAACUUCAACUGACUCUCAGACAACCUCUAUGAACACAUUAUUUACAACUAUCAAGUCAACAUUCAUGUCUGCAACAUCCUGGCCUGUACACAAAUCCACAGAUACUUCAGCACUCCCUAUUGCCACACCUACACAAGAAUUUCUUGUAUCUACAGCUGCCAAAACUUCAGCUGUAACUACUGGGAUUGGGACUUCAUUGGCCUCCCCAACUGAUCUAAUCACCUCUACAGAUGCUCCAGUGGAUUCUGUAUUUCCUACAACUCAAGUGCCACCAACAUUGGCAACAACUGAAAUGGAAAUAACAUUUACAGUUAAUUUAGGAAUGUCUACUGAGACCACAUCUGGCUCAAGACCAGUGGAAAUAGAAUGGACGCCUUCACAUGUCCACGAUGCCUCUUUGUCUAGCAGGGAGGAUGCCAUAUCUACCUUCAUGCCCAGACGCACCUCUUCCAUGACCCUUUCUUCCAUGAUGGCUCCACCAAUCACUGGAACUCAGAGUACACAGACAGUUACUGAUAAUGAGGGCUCCUAUACAAGCUUUACUCCUAGAAUCACACUUUCACCUACAUUGGUUGAAACUACGCCUUCCCUGACCAUUGCAGGGUCUGAAUCCACCCAAAAUACAUCCAAAGCUGGGGAACACAUGCUUACUUUGAUUUCCACUCAGUCAAUUUCCACAUCCCAGGCAUCUGAAUCAGGUUCUACAUCUGUUCCUGAUGAAACGCCUCAUCAGUUCUCAACCAAUGCAAUUACUUGGACUCCUAAGCCAAACCAGAAUCCGUUGACAUCUAUAAAUAUGACCACCAUACACACAUUUGUACCUAAUGAAAAUUUCACAUCAGCAUUCCAUGGCAAUACUACUUAUACAGACCAUUCAUCAACUAGUGAUACUACCAGGCUUCCAGAAACAUCGACAGAGAGUAAGGUUACCACUAGCACUGAUGCUACCACAGUCAGAUAUACAACAGCUCAAUUUAAACAAACAACUCCAUGCUUUGCCAACUUGUCCAUCACUUCCAGAGCCACAUCUGUAACCAAUCCGAGUGAAUUUAAACUUACCACUUCAUUAUUGGGAACCAUUUCUAUGUCCACAGCAGAUGCCAGUGAACUUCCUCUAAUAUCAAGGGAGACAGUAGGUCCACCAGUAGAUAAAUCUACUGACAUGAAACUAAGUUUUCCUACUAGGGAGAGCACUUCUGAGGCCACAAAAACAGAAGCAAAUGGAGUAAGCGUAAUUGGGAACACAAUAGACCUUAUAUCAAAGUUCCCAACAACCCAGCCAUUCAAUACCCCUGUGACAAAAAAAGAAACAACUUCUUACUACCUUAAGGGAACAUCAACUCUACCAGCAGAAGCUGAAGUUUCUCCAUUCUCAGUAAUGCUGGAAACAACAGAUGAAUCAGCACAAAUCAUGACAGUUUCUGUCACUGCUUCCCCUUUCCCUGAUAGGGAAAAAUUGACUACCAUAUUGGAUAAUAAAACUGUAACACUUGAUUUGGGAGGGAGUUGGCAUUCAACAAAACUCAUGGAAACCACGCCCAAGAGUUCAUACAAUGGAACUAUGGAAAUCUUUAAUUCGACCCACACCUAUACAACACGUUGGAUGUCAGAGACAACUGAGAGGAAUUCAGCCCCAUUGCCCACUUCAGGCAGCACUCAGGCAUUUUCCAAACCCUUUAUUGCUACCACCACAAGGAAAUCAGAAACGAGUUUCACCACUUUCCCUACAGACAGGACAGCUAGAUACUUGUCUGCUGGUAUCUUUUCUCCACUCAGUGUAGCUACUCAUUUCUCCACAACCCCAACACUUAUAACCCACAUGGGCUCACCACCAAUUAAUGUCUCUGCUGUAACUUCUAGGGUGGUGUCUGAAGAGACCAAGGUGACCCUACGGGGGCCUCCAACCAGGGAUUCUUCCCCAUCUACGCUCUCUGACCUUUCCCCUUUGUCAUCAGCUACAAUAACCACAUCAUUAGUGCCACCACUGAGUCAAACAGCUUCCAUAAUCAGCAAAACUAUGUCUAUCCACAGAGAUUCAACCCACACCACUGUAGAGCCCACAGUGACUUCUACCAUGAUGGCACUCACAGAAGUUCCCUCUCUGACAAAAACUCAUGUUCCUUCACAGAAUCCCCUUACCCCUGAAACAACUAAGGCUAAGCCCACCCUUUUCCUUCCCUCCACUGACACAAUAACUCCACCUGCUUGCACUCUUGGUUUCUCUAAACCUCUUUCUGAUCACAUUCCUUUUGUGUCUUCUCCUCUUGUGAUCUCUACUACAUCGCCACCAGUAGCAACUAGACCCAUAUCUCAAGGGAAGGAGACAUCUACCCAUGAUCUUAGCUUUUUGCAUACUUCUGGCGGUGGUGGUGAUGUUGUUAGCUUGGCUACUAUCACCACAGAGAACUUUGCUGGUGAUGAGACCACGCCAUUACACACCUCAGCCAACAAGCUUACUACUUCAGUGGACAAUCAAAUUUCUCAGUCUCCCACAGAUCUAGUAAACACACAGGUCUCCACCCACUGGGUGACUGGUACAUCUACUUUAUUUUCUGACAAACAACAGAUGACCAUGUCUGUAGGAGAAACUCCUAGAACUAUGGAGGUGACAGAAAUUUCUUCAGCAAACAGUUCUUUUAUUUUCUACUCCCAGAGUACUUCACCUUUGGAAAUGACCACUGAAAUUUCCAGCCAACAAACAUAUUUGUCUUCUGAGGUUCCACUUGGGACUCUACCUGAUAAGAAUUUAGAUGUAUCUCCCACUUCUGAGAGCCCACAGACAACUCAUAUCUUAACCUCAAGCAACUCAGUUGACAUUGAUAUUUCAGAAAUAUAUCUCCCUUCACAAGCUCUGACAACCAAUUUUGUGUCUCCUGACAGAGAAAGUAUAAGUGCCCUUGCUUUGAGCACUCCCAGGACUGCAGAGGUAAUAGUAAGUUCCUCCUCUGUGACUCACCCACUUCCCUCUCGCCAGGAUACUUCAUUUGUAGAUAAUGCAACUUCCAGGACAACUACGAACACAACGCUUUCAUACUUGCCUUCACUUAAGACUCAACCUAAAGUAACUUCAAUUGCUUCUUCCAUUUCUGAAAGCACACAGACUUACCCUAAGUCCUUGUCUUCUUUCACAACCAGACUACCCAGUGCCAAUUUUACAAUUAUCUCUAAUGAUGGGACUACUGUAGCUCUUUCUGUUCCAAAUGUACUUACAACAAUUGGGGAAACUUCUAUGGAAAAGUCAAUUCCUAUUUACCAGAUGUCCUCAUUGCCAUUUAAUGCUACUGCCUUCAUCUCCAAAAACAUUUCUGAUACUCCCACAGUAUCAGUGACUAGGUCUUCUAAAACCACACAAUUGGGUUGUUUGAAAAGUCCCUCUCCAGAUACCUCUGGGCUUACGUCUGAGAUGUCCACAGUGCCAGUUAAUGACCCUUCUUUCUCAUCUACAGCUGUUCCUUCUGUCCCUGCUAUAACAGGUCAACCUUUGUCAACACUUUUGUCUUCAGUUUCCCCUAUGACUACUACAGCCAUACAAACAUCUACAUUGGAUGUCAUACCUGUGACAUAUACUGAGCAUACUUCAGAACAUACCACCAUGGCUUCUUCUACUUUCACUAAUUCUGAAAUGACACAGGUGUCCUCCAAGAUCAUGCCUACAUCUGUUUCCUCUCCAACAAAGCCAAAUUUUCCAUCUACAAAAACAAUUCCAACCACUAUUGUGGAUAGGACAGUGACUCCACUUAUAGAUACUAUUACUUUCUCUCCACUUCAUUCUAAGAACACUGAAGCUAUUUCCUCCAUUCCACACACCACAUUUUCACCAUUACUAUCAACAACCCAGCAAUCAUCAGAUGAAGCAACAACACUGAGCCUGUUACCUGGGAUUACUUUCCGUUCCCAAUCUACUGUGAGCAGUGGUAAAAUGACAGUUUUUAAACAUACUUAUUCUGGAAUUUCUGUCCCUGAAAAUGUGUUUUCACCUACUCCUUCAAACGAUCUCCAUACUUCUUUAGAUAUUCAAGUUUCAAAACCAUCUUUGACAAGUUUUAAGAGCACUCCUGGACCCACAGAAAAUGCACAAACCAUCACUACGUACCUUUCCUCGAAUACUGGAAAGGUUACUUCCUCAUCAAAAAGCACUUUCUUAACUACUGAGCUAACAACAAGUGCCCCAUCUGUGAAUACUUCUGUUUUAUACCUUCCCUGGACCUCAUCGAGUGCAAAUCUGCCUUCCUCGACAUCUCUUCUUUAUGCACUUCGUAGUACUGUGACCAUGUUGUCUACUUCGAAGACCUCUUUUCCACCUACAGCCCAAAUGGUUGAAUUUCCAGUUCUGGGAACACAAAUCACAUCUAGUGAUACCCGGUCUCUGCUUACAACUUCUUGGAAGACACCCACAGCUAAAGAUUCUCCAUUUCCGAUUUCCACCAAAACUCUGAUGCCUACACCUAAGAUAGAAACAGACACUCUACACUUUAUUCCUGGGUCUUUGUCAACAUUUGCAUCCUCUCAGGCUGGUCUUGUCUCUAGUGAUGCUAUGACAACAUUAUCAAUUCCUACAUCAGAAAUGCUUCCUACCUUUGGGUUUUCAGAGAACCAUUCAUUAUCAGUAUCUUCAAGAGCUCUCCCUACCACCUCAUCUGACAUCAAGCUUCCAUUUGAGAAAACAACCACAUCUAUAACUUCUGGGACAACCCUCCCAUCAAAUCCUUCUGCAAUUGCUAAGACUGCUACUUUACCCACCCUGACUUGGAUCUCAUCCAAUCUUCCUUCAGGCAUGUCCCUGGCAACUGGACCGAAUGGUUUUCCUGUUCUAACUGCUCCUGCAGUAGAGGUAUCAACACCCACACUUGUAACUCCUGAUGUGACAUCAGCAUAUCCAUUCCCUAACUUCACACCACCACCCUUUGCUUCUGGAAGCACCAUAAUCACCAAAACCAUGCAUGCACCUACACUUGGCAAUAUUGCUACUGGCUCCCAAGCUUCUUUUUCUAUGUCUCCAAAAGACACAGGUGGUGAUAUAUACAUUUCUGCAUCCCCUGAAACUUCCUCCAGAACCACUGUGACUGACAACUCCAGGACUGGGUCUCAAUCUCUAUCUUUUAGUGGAGUGAAUGUAUCACCAUCUACAGCUGAACACACUUGGUCUAUUGGUUCCAUGCUUCUCCCUACUUCCCCAAAAACAUUGGCCUGGAACAGAUUUCCAGACACAUCACCAUCAUCUCCUUUAAUUCUUCCUAAGUCAACAUCAAAAUCCCUUAUUAGCACUAAUAUAUCCACUACUACUAGAGCAUUAAUUCCACAGGUAUCCGCUGGAGUGACACAUCCUUCCUCUUUUGAGACAACCUGGCCAGACUCCACAUCUACUUUUCUAUCCACAGAAGCAUUGACUUUAUCAGCUGCCACUGCGUCCAUAGUUUCCUUCUAUAAUAUCAAAAUGAGCUUCUCUGUCUUUGAUGAAGAGACAAGGAUCCCUAUCACCAGCGUUAUACAUGAAUUUACAAAAGAUUGGUUGAACUCGAUAUUUCAAGACAGUGAAUUUUAUCUUACUAAUCUGGCUAUUCAAAUUAAAAGCAGAGACACUUCUAAGGAAGAAAUGGCCAUGUACCGAUAUAUUUUAGGACAGAGAGAAGGGCAAGAAAUGGCUACAAUUUCCCAUGUACCAUACAGCUGUGCUUGUCAAGUUAUUAUAAAGGCCAACUCCUCUUUACCACCCAUGGACUUGAUCAGCAGAAUCAAAAGAAAAAUACAUGGUAACUUCACGCAUGGGAGCUUCACACAAGAUCAACUGACGUUAUUAGUAAAGUCUGAUCACGUAAUAGUGAAAAAGCUAGAGCCAGGAAAGUGUGAAGCAGAUGAUACACCAUCUAUAUACAAAGGGACUUAUCAAUGGCUGCUAACUGACCCUACUGAGACAGCCCAGAGUAGAUGCAUAAAAAACAAGAAUGGAAAUGCUACAAGAAUCUGUUCAAUCAGCAUCCAAACAGGCAAGUCCCUGUGGGAAAAACCAAGGUUUAAGCAAUGCAAGUUGCUUCAAGGACUUCCUGAUAAGAUUGUGGAUCUUGCUAAUGUGACCAUAAGUGAUGAAAAUGCAGAUGAUGUUGCCGAGCACAUUUUAAACUUGGUAAAGGAAGCUUCACUUCUGGAUGAAGAAGAGACAAGGAUAAUUGUUUCUAAAGUGGCUGAUAUUUCAAAGUGUGAUGAGAUAAGUAUGAAGCUAACCCAGAUUAUACUACAAAUAAUCAAUGUAGUUUCAGAAAAACAAAGUGAUUUGACCUCCAAUCUGCAUCCAGUGAGCAAUGUAAUUCUCAGGACAAUCGAGCGUGCUGGUCACAAGAUAGAGUUUUCAGGGAGGACGGCAAAUAUCACAGUGGGUGGGCUGGCUUUGGCUGUGCUGCGAAUGGACCACAGGUUUGAAGGUAUGGCCUUCAGCAUCUGUUCCUAUGAAGUCACAGCUCCUGAGAUUUACUUAGGUGAUGUCCCUUUGGGGAAGGUUUUGGCUUCCAUAUAUUUACCUAAAUCACUGAGGGAAAGAAUUCCUUUUAAUGGCUUGCAAACUAUUUUGUUCAGUUUUUUUGGCCAAACUUCACUCUUUAAGAUAAAAAAUGCCACCAAGGCAUUAACCACAUACGUUUUGAGUGCCAGCAUAUCAGAUACAUCCAUUCAAAAUCUGGCUGAUCCAGUGGUUAUCACUCUGCAGCACAUUGAUGGAAACUGGAAUUAUGAUCAAGUUUAUUGUGCCUUUUGGGAUUUUGCCACUAACAAUGGGCUAGGUGGAUGGAAUUCAUCAGGCUGUAAAGUAAAAGAAACAAAUGUGAAUUAUACAAUCUGUCAGUGUGACCACCUCACCCACUUUGGAGUUUUAAUGGAUUUAUCCAGGUCUACAGUGGAUGCAGUGAAUGAACGGAUAUUAAUGAUUAUAACAUACACCGGAUGUGGCAUCUCCUCCAUUUUCCUGGGAAUUGCAAUGGUGACAUACAUAGCUUUUCAUAAACUUCGAAAAGAUUAUCCUUCCAAAAUUCUGAUCAAUCUGUGCACAGCACUACUGAUGCUAAACCUGGUAUUUCUGGUCAAUUCCUGGUUGUCAUCAUUUCAGAAAGAAGGACUUUGCAUCACAGCUGCAGUAGCACUUCAUUACUUCUUGCUUGUUUCUUUAACUUGGAUGGGCCUGGAGGCCGUUCACAUGUAUUUUGCUCUAGUCAGAGUCUUCAACAUAUACAUUCCACAUUAUAUCUUUAAAUUUUGUGUCGCUGGUUGGGGAUUCUUCAUUUUUGUGUUUUACUGUGUGAUGAAGGAGACUGUGCGGGAGCAAUGGCACAUACACCUCCAUUGCAGGUGGCUCCGACUGGAAAACACAUCUGGUGGGAGCAGCAGACGUGGUAUACAUGUUGGGUGUAAACAGGAAAGACUGAAGAAAACCUUAGAACACAAAUUGCUGACACCAUCUCUCAAGUCAAUUGCAAGUAGUUGCACUUUCAAAUCUAUAGGCUCUGCACAAGGACCUCCUUCUGAAAUAAGCUUCUCAAAUGAUGAUUUUGAUGAAGAUCCCUAUUGUUUCUCUCCCUUGAGUUGUGAAGUUAUGCCUAAUUGUUUAAGAAGAAUAUUACCUGCUGAAAUCAAAAUGAAUUCUGUUCACAAACAAGGAUCAUUUUCAAUAAAUCUCAGCACAGAUGCUCAUCUUCCCCCAACCCUGGACUGGGGAAAAUGUUAA